ACCGGACCCUUUCUUAUUAGAUUUCCCUUCUUCUCGCCCGCAUGAAAAACCCGAAAAAUUGCAAUCCUGCGCUCAUGAACUGCACGUACUGUGCGGGACCAACGGUCACUUUUCGUUUUGUUUUAUCGAGUAAAUGUAAUCUCCAAACCCUAAAUCCUCUCAAUUUCCCCCAACUUUGCACUCAAAACGGACUGAAUUCCACACCACUACUUUCAUUCACCAGACCCUCUUAUGUCUUGGUAAAGAAGAGGUGUCUCGUAGUCGGAGCUUCGGUGGACAAUAAUGUCGGAGACGGAGGCUGGGUGAACCGUUUGCCGACGGGUGGUUUACUGGCUGAUAGGGUUUUUAGACUGAUUUCCGGUGCCACUGCCAGUCCCAUUGGGCAGUUCAUAUCAUCUCCAACUACGUUUUUGCAUGCUGUGGAUCCAAGAAUCAAAUUGGUAUGGCUUUUGGCUCUAGUUCUUUUACCUGCUCGGUCACACAUAGUGAUGCGUUUUGGACUGGUAAUUUAUACGGCCAUUCUGUCAAUGUGGAUUCUUCCCUCUCGUGUGUGGAUGGAUCAACUGGGAAGAGUAUCAUUGCUUUCUGGAAUUCUGUUUAUAAUGUUGGGGCUAGGAACAGAUGGCAUACAGUUACCUGUCCAGCCAAGAGCUCCACCGGCGGCUAUCAUUGGAUUGCCUAAUAUUCCCACUUCUUUGGAAGGUUAUUCAUAUGUACUUAUGAAGCUAGGGCCAUUACAAUUUACAAGGAAGGGCUUGUCAGUGGCAAGCACGGCUGCAUGCUUAACCUUCACAAUUUUCCAAAGCGCAAGUCUCUGUUUGGCAACAACAACUCCAGAACAACUUGCAUUUGCUUUGCGGUGGUUUAUGCUUCCUUUGACUGGAAUGGGUGUUCCAGUGGCCGAAAUUGUUCUUACGCUGUUGCUCUCAUUGAGGUUUAUCAAUCUUGUGUUUGAUGAGGUCCGUAAUGUUGCUUUGGGGAUUGUAUCUCGUAGGAUACAUUGGCAGCAAUUGACCGUGAUGGAAACAAUCGAAGUUUUUGCUGCCUACAUUCGUCGGAUCUUUAAAAAUAUUUUCAGCCAUGCAGAGCAGAUAUCUCAGGCUAUGAUUGUAAGGGGUUUUAGAGGAGACUGCAACACGCAUAAAAUUUAUUUCUCGUCCGACUCAUCAGCUGGGAUGGCAGAUUUCAUUUCCCUAUUAUGCCUGAUUGGUGUUAUAGGCGCUGCUGUGUUGUCCAAUUCUGUCCUCGUCUGAUAUGCAUUUCAUCCCUUUAUGGAAAAGUGUCAUUCUAUGGUGCACAAGUAAUCUGCAAUUCAGAGAGACGUUUAUGCAUUCUUGCAAAAGCAAAUCCGUAUCCUGAUGAGGAUCUACCAAUUUAGAAUAAACUUCAAGUAAAAGAUUAUCUUGUGUGCAUUGCAAGCAAUGGAGCAUCAUAGAGUUCAUUCUCCGAUUAUGAUUGUCCCCACAACCUCUCUCAGCAUUGUAAAGUUUCAUUUGCUAACAGUUUCCAUAUUAGUUUGUACACUUUACGUGUAAACUUCAAGUUAGCUGAAACCCCAAACAUCAAGUGCAGGUUUCUGCAUAUAGUUUUAUUUUAUGAAUAUUUAAAGGAAAUCCAUUUUUUU